CUGGAGCGGCUUCUUACUGCAAGACACCGUAUCACACCUGCCGCAAUGGCCGUCCUGGUGCUCGAUAGGCGCCACCUCCUGGCAGCACGCCCCGACCGCCUCGAGGCAAGGCCCGCCGAGCUGCCACGAGCCGUCAACCUGCAGGUUGCAUGCCAAGCCGGCAAACUCAACGGGGUCCGAGGAAACCAUGAGGAGGAUGAGGUGCAUACUCCGCGUCCAGGACGGCUUGUUUGCGCUGACACUCCUGAAAAGUCCCGGAUCCGUGUGAAAGACACGACCGGCCUCAUAAAAGGGAAGGAGCAGAAGCUCAACGCAGAUGCCUCAGAGUUCGUUCCGGGACUUCCUGGAUCGGGCUUUGAAUUCUUCGCGUCGAUCCAAGACAUCCUUGCCAUGUACCCCAGCAAGCUAUGGAUUCCACCGAUUCUGCCAGUGCCUGGAGUCGAGGACACCCCAGUGCUGGAUUGGCUUGACCUGCCGCCUGCAGAGAAUGCCUGGGAGAUGUCCACGGAUGCCGCCACCUUGCCUGCGUGGCCGCUCUCGCCAUCUGACCAACCCUCUCCAAAAGUCUCGGAAAGCGAGGCCAGUGUAGCCCGCACGCUGAACUUGGCUCGCUGCCUGCUCGACUUUCUGCUGCAGCCUGCCAUGUUGCAGACAUCACACAUCUUGGAGGUCAUUGAGCGCCGCCUGCAGAUCCCAGGGACAGGCCCUUGGAGCCAGAAAGACCUGGAGAGCCUCCUUUUCAGCCAAGCAGAUCUCAUGCAGCUGGACACCCGUUUGGCCGCACUCUUGCAGCGCCUUCCGCCGGAGGCCUUGGCCAUGCUUCCGGCGCACACCACCUUCCUGGGCUGGGAGCCGAACGACACCGGGGCAUGGCGCUUCAAGGCGCCGCCGGAGCUCCGGCGGCUUGUGCGUCGGAAGUCCGAGACCGAGUCCAAAUCAGUGGCCUCCCUCUCCCUGUCUCCCGCCUGCAUCAGACACCACCGGUUCACGCUGGACCGCCUCCUCAGGUUCAAGCGAAGUGGGAUUGCCUGCAUUCAAGGCCUCGAUGCAACACAAAGCGAGCUGGCAGCCAGCAUCGUGGGAAAGGGAUACGGACAGUGUUGUGCCAAGGGUGCCGAUGGUGAGGCAAACACGAUCAUAUGGGACCGGCGUGUUUGGACACUUGUCGGCAGCAAGGAAUGUGGUUCCGCUGUGGCUGUAGAUUUGUCACAUGCAGGGCAGUCCAUGCGCGUGGUGUGCCUCCGUCCAACCUUGAAGCACUGUGCAGAGUGCAGUCCGUGCUGUGGCAGCCAUUGCUUCUAUGACCUCCUGCAGGCUUCAAGGGUGGUGGUUUGUGCGGACUUGUCCCGCGUGGGGGGCACCUCCUCGGCUGGGUUGGUUCCCGGGCUCGCCACAUUCCAGUCCGCCAUGUUUGAGAUCCUUGGCUACGAGAUCGAGGUGCCCGCCUCCGGGGAGCAGAGGAGGGACCUGUGGCAUCCCAGCGGCGUGUUCUUCCGAGGCGUGGAGCCUGUGGCUGCGCUCUCGGGGCACACCGAAGGCUACCUUGCGACCAUGUCCGACGGAGAGGUGCAAGCUAACUUCCCGCAUGGGCAAUCCAUGCUGAUGACCGAGUUUUGCUGGAAUUGAACAGUUCAAUUGCAAUGAAUGGGUCCUUGACUGCCUAUCGGGCCCGCAAUGUAAUGAUCGGAUUAAUUGUGGGCCUUUGAGUACAGCAGCAGUCAGCUUGCGCACAGCUAGUUUCACCAGUGUCAGAAGUAGAUCAUUCAGGAAUCGGCAUGUAUCUGCCAUGCUGCGGGGGAGGC